CCACAGGAAGCUACCGCACUAGAAUUAAGUAUGGCGGCUGUGGUGCAAGAUCACGGAAGCAAACAUGUGGACGAAAAAGAGGAUAUUAUAGAGGACGGUGAUGAGGAGGAUGACGCCGAGGACGACGCUGGACCCCAGGACGCCGCCAAGAAAAAAAAGAAACGGAAGAAGAAGAAAAAGAAAGGUCCUCAAGAAGCCAACGGGAUAGAGCCAGGGUCAACUCAAGUGUCAGAGGUAGCAGCCGCGCUCGAGAACCAACAUAUCGAUGGCACAGGCGACAAGACCGAGGAGAAAGGUGAUGGAGAGGAAGCAAAGAAGAAGAAAAAGAAGAAACCUAAAGGUCCGAAGCAGCAGACUGAUCCGCCAUCGAUUCCAAUCUGUGAUCUGUUCCCCGAUGGUAACUUUCCAAUUGGAGAGGAAGUGGAACACCCCAUCCCAAAUGACAGCCGUACAGGAAAGAACCGACUGACUGAUCCAGAGAAGAAAGCUCUGGAAAGCAUGUCGCAAGAGCAGUACAAGGAGAUUAGGCAGGCAGCUGAAGCACAUCGCCAGACACGGCAGUAUAUGCUGAAAGUUAUAAAGCCUGGAAUGACUAUGAUUGAAAUAUGUGAAACCCUGGAGUCUACAGCUCGCACACUUAUCAAGGAGAAUGGGCUGAGCGCAGGGCUUGCAUUCCCCACGGGUUGCUCCCUCAAUCACUGUGCCGCACACUACACACCGAACGCAGGCGACCCAACGGUGCUGGGCUACGACGAUGUGUGCAAGAUUGACUUUGGCACACACAUCAAUGGCCAAAUUAUUGACUGUGCCUUCACCCUGACUUUCAACAACAAAUAUGACAAACUGCUAGAAGCGGUACGAGAUGCCACUAAUACAGGAAUAAGGACGGCUGGAAUAGAUGUCAGGCUUUGUGACAUUGGCGAGGCAAUUCAAGAAGUCAUGGAAUCUUACGAAGUGGAACUCGAUGGCAAGACUUACCAGGUGAAGGCCAUUCGCAACCUUAAUGGUCACUCGAUCGGGCCAUACCGGAUCCAUGCUGGGAAGACAGUGCCUAUUGUGAAGGGAGGAGAAGCAGUGAGAAUGGAGGAAGGUGAAGUGUACGCCAUUGAAACCUUUGGCAGCACGGGCAAAGGCUAUGUGCACGAUGACAUGGAGGUGUCGCAUUACAUGAAGAAUUUCGACGCUGGUCGUGUGCCACUGAGGCUUCCACGUUCCAAGCAGCUGCUUGGUGUCAUCAACCAGAACUUUGGCACCCUGGCCUUCUGCCGCCGCUGGCUUGACAGGCUGGGCCAGACAAAGUACCUCAUGGCUCUCAAGGAUCUCUGCGACAAGAGCAUUGUGGACCCGUACCCGCCUCUGUGCGACACCAAGGGGUGUUAUACGGCCCAGUUUGAGCACACCAUCCUGCUUCGCCCGACGUGCAAGGAGGUCAUCAGUCGUGGAACAGACUACUGAGAUACCCCAAAAGUGCUGGUGUUGUUAUAGACCAUCCCGCCACACAGCAGUGGUCUAGAAUGCAAGCUAGCAAUGCAGCUGGGGUACCGCUCCUCCGAAUGACAGUAAUUUUUAGUGUCUUGCAUACUCCUUCAUUUCUGGGUGUGUGCUGUGCAGCCCACUGGUAAAGGCAACUUGCAAAUGCACAGCUCACAGUUUGGGAGCUCACCAGGCGCAGUUGCCAGCUGAAGCAAUGCCAGUGAACUGUGCCACUGCGCACUGGAGCCUGUGUCAUGUAGUGGAAGUCUGCCUCAAAACUGGGCACCUCCAAGCUUGCCACAGUGCAAUAUGUGUACCUGUGCUCACACAUUCUCUUUUAAAGUAGACUGCACGGUACACUGAGGGCUUGGGAACAUUAUAGGAGGAUUUUGGAGACAAAUUUAGGGGCCAUUAGAAACAUGCAAGAAUGCAGCUGGCAAGGACAGAAGUGUUUUUCUGAUUGAUUGGAACUAAUUUGCAUUUUUAGACAUCUGCAUGAACUCAUGACUGUGUACGUUUAGCCCUGUUGUUAACUGGUGCCUGAGUUAGGUUGCAGAACUGUGGACAUUGCAGAAAUUGUAAUGUUGGAGCUAUGUGGGAUAGUUGUUUUUGCCAAGGAAAGAGUGAGUAGUUUUCAAAGUAAAAAAAUAUAUAUAUAAAAAGCCCGAGAAAGAUUUCAUUUGAAUUCCACAUUACCUCUUUUCUUCACCUAUUUUAACCUGCACUUAUUGUCUCGUGGCCACAGGUUAUGAAAUUCUCAGGUGUCAUUAUAGUUGUGGGAUGAGUUUGUGGUAUUCUGGGUGUUAUUCUCUUGAAAGUAGAGCACAUAUACACAUGGCUGGUGCACCGACAACAUGAUUGUGCAUUAGUUCUUUUUCUCAUUUUUUUCAAUGGGCUUGAGUUGGGAGGGUCCCAUCAUUACCACAGGCAAUUGCUUUCUGGUUGUCUUGGUGUUGCACUUGUGCUGCUGGCAUUAUAAAAAGCUGAACAUUUUCUUUUUUAUCACCAGCUUUCAUUUAUGCAGAGCAUUAACAUUGGAAGAAAACUUUAUCACAAUGCCACCGUUGAGACUGGCCUACAAAAUUUGCCAGUAGCAUGCUAACUUGCCUUUUAGAUCACUGCCUGCUCUCUUGCUGUUGUGCUUCCUUUAUUUGGAAGCAAAGUUGAUGCCCCAUGUAGCUUCUUGCUUGUUGAUUAGUUUGUAUUUUUGUUAAAUGGUAUAUUCUGUUGA